UGAUUGGCCGGAGGAGAAGAAGUUUUUCGACAAACUUCUGAGACACCAUACUGGAGAUGCGGGCAACGAGGCGAGCGGAAACGGAGUCGGUCCGGUUCCUGACUUUUUGUUGGAUUUAAAACCUGAAGUAUUUACAAGAAAGAUUAUUCUACUUGUUGCUUGAGGCUAAAUUAUUAUUAAGAAACCAGAACUGUGCGAAAAGAACGGUCGAACGGACCGUUAGCUGUUCUGGAUUUAAGUUCCGCUCACAUAAAGAAGAGACGUCCUCGCUGCUCCUGGUUGUUCCAUUCUAUCAGCAGUAGUAUUAUUCCCCGAAAAUCAACAGGUCCCUGCUUUAUUCGAGCGUGUCGCACCUCCCUUCCGAUGUGUCACGUAUGAACCGUGGCGCGGUAUCGACGAGGGGUCGGGGGCUCCGCCGGUGGAGCGGGACUUCAUGAUGGGGAUGCCCAGAGGAGGACGUCUGUUCCUGGCGACUUGCCUGUGCUCGCUCUUCGUGCUUGUUCUUUACUUCCAGAGCAUCACCAAACCAGAACCUGCUUUGAAGACCGGCGGCAGAACUGUGAAGAGCAGGAGGAGUCCUCUGCAGACCCUCUACAAAGGAGACCAGCAGCUGCAGCCGUCGACGGCUCAGAAGUCCCUCCAAGGCCGCAGGGAGCUGUUGGAGCAGGCGUGUCUGAGCCACACGAGGAAGCGACGGGUGCUUUCACCUGAGGACCUGAAACACCUCAUCGUGGAUGACAAGCACGGCCUCAUCUACUGCUACGUACCCAAGGUGGCCUGCACCAAUUGGAAACGUGUGCUCAUGGUUCUGACGAGUGACGGCCGCUACACAGACCCUCUGGCCAUCCCGGCCAACGAGGCUCACGUCUCCGGAAACCUGCGAACGCUCUCCGAGUUCUCCGUCACAGAGAUCAACCAGCGCCUUCGCAGCUACCUCAAGUUCAUCUUUGUGCGGGACCCCUUUGAACGCAUCGUGUCCGCCUACCGGAAUAAAUUCACAAGAAGCUACAACACGGCCUUCCACAAACGUUACGGAACCAAAAUCAUCCGCCGAUACCGGUCGGACCCUGAUCCAGAAGCCAUGGAGCGAGGAAGUGACGUGAGUUUCCGGGAGUUUGUUCAGUACCUCGUAGACCCUCGGACACAACGGGAAGAACCGUUUAACGAGCACUGGGAGCGGGUUCACUCGCUGUGCCAUCCCUGCCAGAUCCACUAUGAUGUGGUGGGGAAGUAUGAAACUCUGGAAGCAGACGCUAGCGCUGUGCUCAGAUUAGCCACGGUGGAAGGGACGGUCCAAUUCCCAACAUCCGGUAAGAGCACCAGGACUGACGGCAACAUGGCCGCCCACUUUUUCAAGCACAUCAGUCCCUUUUAUCAGAAGAAACUCUUUAACUUGUAUCGGAUGGACUUCUUCCUGUUUAACUACUCCACACCGGAAUAUCUCAGGACUCGAUGACUAGAUGAUGACUAGACCAGAGCAGUUUUUAUUUUGCACUGUUUGGAUUUCACCUUUUCCUUCCUAAUGUCCUCAGAAACGCCGUCACGGAGAGGGACGCGGUUUUCUGAGGAGCAAGACCGAGCAUGUUCUCCUCUCAGCUUUUAAAGACGAACCAACAGAUCCGUUCUGUAUUUAUUUCCUGUUCUGACUGGGAUGUUGCUGCGUUCAACCCAGCAAAUUUUCCUUUUUAACAGUGUUUGUGAAAAGUGCCUUUUAUUGCAUUUGUUGUUCAUUAGACCUAAUGAGCCGUGAGCGAGUGGAUCUUCAGAGGAGCGGGUUCUCCUCCAAAAUGUGCUGACUGUGAAACUGAACCCAGAAAAUGGUUUCAGAGCCUUUUAUUUAUGCCUCGUCAGCAACAGAAAGUAUUUAUUGUUAAACAAAGAGGUUGUGAGCUUGUAAAUGAGUCAAAUUAAUUUAUAUUAAAAGUUUUUCCCUCUU